ACGAACAACAUGUUCCUCCGACGCUCAGUGCGGACGCUAAACGGAGCAGCCUCUAGCGCUGUAUUGUCGUCCCUGUUGCAUCGAACGGCUCACGUUAGUCCGCCAUUUGCUGUGCCUGCAGCCGUUGAUUCGCUUCAACAGCAGCAGUUUCAAUGUCGCGGAUUAGCUACUGGAUCAGAAGAAGCCCCCCUAUACGACUCGCACAUACCCUUGUCCCCUCUCCAAAGAGCAGCAGUCGCCAUAGGGGCGUCAGUGGGAGCGCUGGCCAACCCUGCCCGGGCGGAUCUGGUGGCGGCUGUGGGGGAGACGACUGGGGGGAUGGCGCUGGGACGAAUUAGGGAGCAAAUGAGAACGACAGAGGAGGGCAGGGCCAUACUGGAGGAGAAACCCCGGGUGACAGACACCACACUGCAGGCAGCAGAGCAGUGCGGCAGAGGCACCUUCGGAGCAGCAUACGCUCACUUCAUGCGCUCUCGUCGUUUUGAGCCCCACGAACGUCCCCCUGUGCGCUUCAUUGACGACCCUGAGCUGGCCUACGUGGCCACACGGCUAAGGGAGGUGCACGACUUUUGGCAUACCAUAUUCGCCCUCCCCACCACCGUCUCUGGAGAACUAGCCCUCAAGCUCAUCGAGUUUACCCAAACUGGCCUCCCCAUGUGCCUCCUCGCCUCCCUAGGCGCACCUAUCCGCCUCUCCCCUGCCCGCCGCUCCCUCCUCCUCUCCUCCAUCUACCCCUGGGCGCUGGGCGCUGGUAUCAGAGCGGUGCCACUAGCGGGGAUCUACUAUGAGAGACGGUUUGGGGAGGACCUGAGUGAUUUGAGGCUGGAAGCGGUGCCACUACCGGGGAUCUACUAUGAGAGACGGUUUGGGGAGGACCUGAGUGAUUUGAGGCUGGAGUGGAAAAUCGCCCCUGCUCCACCGCGGUUCUUUGAAAGGAAAAGUGCUGCUGCGAGCUAG